AUGAUAUCCCUAGGUACCAUCGGCACGAUGUUUGUGCAUUUUAUACCUGCUGCCUUCGUCGGAUUGUUCGUGUACGGAGUCAUCUGGCCAAUAUUCGUCUACUUCUGGGACCCAAAGAAUCUUCGCAGAUUCCCUGCACCGUCCCUUUGGGGCAUUCCCGCAUUUGCUGCGUGGUCCAAUGUAUGGCUGGGUGCAGUUAUUGCAAAAUACGCCCGAUCAGCGCAUGUGCAAGCGGCUCACGACAAGUAUGGCAAUAUUGUUCGGAUCCAGCCAAAUCACCUAUCAUUCAUUGAACCAAAGGCUGCAAAGGACAUUUACGGCUUUCAAUCCAAGAUGCUGAAGGACGAUUUCUAUGAGACAUUCGCAGCGCCGGACCGGGAGGGCCACACCUUCAAGAGCAUCGUCAAUACCCCCGACCGAGAGGAGCAUUCUCGGAAGCGGAAGUAUAUCUCCAACGCCUUUGCACAGCGAACCGUUGUCAACCUCGAUCCUCUCGUGGGUAGAGGUGUGACAAGUUUGGUCAAACAAUUCGACAGGAUCGCCGUUGCUGGCCCGCCGAAAUGGCCUGGCGCUCCUCGUGAUGGAUUCACCAAUCUGUAUCGGUGGAUCAACCUGCUCGCCUACGACAUCGUCGGCGAGAUAUCUUUCGGAGAAUCCCUAGGGCUCUGUGAGCAGGGCGAUGAUGUGAUGGAAGCCCUUCCCUUCGACGGCAGCGCUCCCUACAAGGCCAAUAUCAUCGAUGCAUUUCAAGGAGGCAACAUUUACGACUGUUUCUUCGGACCCUUUCCUUACAUGGUAAAUGCGCUCAAGAGACUCACCUCCUGGCACCACAACUCCAUCAAGAACAAAGCAUUCGGCGAAUUCGUCAACAUGGAAGUCGACAAGCGCCUAAAGCGUGGAGGUCCCUCUGGCUUUAGAGACUUCAUGUCAUACUUUUUGGAGGACGGGAAGGGCCAGCAACUGAAUUUGGAGUACGGAGAACAAUGGAGGGAGGCAAGUAUCCUUCUGGCCGGAGGAACGGACACUUCAACAUCCUCAAUGACGAGCACCAUUUAUCUUCUCUUGAAGAAUCCACGAUGCCUGCAAAAGCUCAGAGAGGAGCUUGACCCAGUCCUCAAGGAUUCCAAGGUGGCAUCCUAUGAUCAAGUCUGCAACCUUCCAUACCUUCGCGCAGUCAUCGAAGAGGCUCUCCGGGACCGCCCACCGGUUGGUCAAGGUCUUCCUCGUGUCGUACCAGAAGGUGGCGCAACCAUCGCCGGCCACUUUAUCGAAGGUGGCACCACCGUUUCCGUUCCCGUGGUGUCUCUUCACCACAACCCGUCCGUUUUCCCGGACCCGCACGAGUUCCGCCCGGAGCGCUGGCUCGAGGCCGACACACAGAAUUUGCGUGACUACUGUAUCCCGUUCUCUGUCGGCCCGCGGGCAUGCAUUGGACGUAACAUUGUCUACUUGGAGAGUCUGAUUAUCAUCGCAACACUUGUUCACCGCUAUGAUUUUGAGCUGCCGAGCCCGGAUUGGACGAUGAAGACAAAGGAGAGGCUGAAUAUCAACCCCGAGGCGUUGUGGGUGAGCGUUAAGAUGAGAUGA